AUGGAUAGCGACUCAACCUUACCUUGUACUGAUGAAGAAGAAGCUAAGUUAUGUGAAAUACAUGACGCAGACACUGAAUAUGAUACGUUAUCCACUGCCACUUUCGAUAGUGUCGCUUCAACCUCGAGAUUAAAAAGACGUGCGUCAAUUUCCAAGAGUUCAUCUUCAAAGUCAAAACAAGCCCACAUUUCUAAAAGAACCCGUCCAGUACGACAAAGUCGUCGACCGGCACGAGUAUCUGGAGUCUUUACUGACCCAAGUGGUAGUGAUGAUUGUGCUGAAAGCGAAGUUCGCCCAAGACAAACUCCAGCCAUUCGUACACGAACCCGCACGGGCUACCAAAACGAACAAAGUUCUUUCUGGACGCUUGAGGAUGUGAUGGCUACGCAUCCUGGAAAAGCAGAUCCCGAAUCUGUGGCUUCAAAAGAUACACCCGCUUCUACUCUCACCCCUGAGCAAUUAGAGAUCCGUCAACGCAGAAUUGAGCGCCGAAGGGAAGCUGCAAGGAUUAAAGCAGAAAAGGAAAUGCAGGAAACAGUUGAGCGACUCCUUAGAGUCAACACUUCCUUUGGCGAUGGUGGUUACAGUGGUGGUAAAGGUCGUGGACGUGGUCGUGGUGCGACUGCUAAAAUAGUUUCUGAUUCCGAAGACUCGAAUAUGGAAAAGAAGAAGCGAAAUUCUCUUCAUCCUUCCUUGCCUCUCGAUCCUCCCUCUGGAUCCAUACGCUUCAUCUCAUCUCAACGCAUUCAACCCCACUGCGUUGUCGCCUUCCCGUAUGAAGAUGAGACUACAUCAACACCCUUGGAGCUACUUCAACGAUUGCGUAGAGCGCCCUCCCCACCAAAAGUGAAAUUGUGUGAUCACUGUAAAUUGGCCCCAAGGAAGUAUGGUUGUCCAAAGACUGGGCGAUCCUUGUGUAGUUUACAAUGCUUUAAAGCCUGUUGA